CCGCUGCGGCGGGUCAGAGCGCGCCCGCGAGGAGGCAGAGGCUGGCUUGCUGGUGCCCCUGAUUUCUCCGCCGAGGGCCGGGAAGGAGCUCGGAGCCGCCCCCGCCUGCAACAUGCCGCGCUCCUUCCUCGUCAAGAAGCACUUCUCGGCCAGCAAGAAGCCCAACUACAGCGAGCUGGAGAGCCAAAGCGUGAUCAUCUCCCCUUUCUUGUAUGAGAAGUACUCCCUGUCUGUCCCGCAACCAGAUCUUCUGAAUGCUGCCCCUUACUACCCUCCACUCGUCUGGGACACGGGGCUGCUCUCCAAUUUCUUCGCUUCGGAGCAGGAGUACCAGAAAACCCCUGCGUCUCCCCCCAGCCCUGACUCCAAACCUCUGGACCUGACCUCCCUGUCCAGCGAAGAAGAGGACGGCAAGACCACCUCGGACCCUCCCAGCCCGGCCUCCUCCGCCACCGAAGCCGAGAAAUUCCAUUGCAGCCAGUGCAGCAAGUCCUAUUCGACCUUCGCGGGCCUUUCUAAGCACAGACAGUUGCACUGUGACUCCCAGGCCAGGAAAUCUUUCAGCUGCAAGUACUGUGAGAAGGAGUACGUGAGCCUGGGAGCGCUCAAGAUGCACAUCCGAAGCCAUACCCUGCCCUGCGUGUGCAAGAUCUGCAGCAAGGCUUUCUCCAGGCCUUGGCUCCUGCAGGGCCACAUCAGAACGCACACUGGUGAGAAACCUUUCUCCUGCACACACUGCAACAGAGCUUUUGCCGACCGGUCCAACCUCCGCGCCCACCUGCAGACCCAUUCCGAUGUGAAGAAGUACCAGUGCAAAACCUGCUCCCGGACUUUCUCCCGCAUGUCGCUUCUCCACAAACACGAAGAAACGGGCUGCACUGGGACCCGCUGAGGACUUGCCAAAGGCCAUGAACUCCUCCGUGCUCCUCCAUGUAUUGUAACUAGUUUCUGUAGAACGUAGUUUUCUGUUGAGCUGCCAGGGCAGUGUUAUCAAACUGUUGUUUCCAGCUGCAAGCCUUAAAGAAACAUCCACACCUCUUUGCUCCAUGUCCUCAAGGUAGCUUUUUAUUUUAAUUUUUUUCAGUCUCUUCCCUGGCAGGGGCAGGAUGCUUUUUGCCUCAGGCCGAGGCAGAGUCACACUUAAGGUGCUGCUGAAAUGAGAGCAUGCUGAUCUUUCAUACGAUUUGAACUCUCGGCCACAAUAAACAAAUGAACCUCUUUGCUGGAUCCGCAGUGAGGGUCCAUUUGGUCUAGUCCAGCAUUCCUCCUCCAAAUGGGGCUAGGCCUCUGACCUCUAGGUGCUCAUAAUCGGAACCCGUAUGUGGCACUCAUCCCUGUUUUCCCCCCACAUCUGAUACUCUGGUGUACUACCCGGAAAGCGGAGGUUCUGUUUGCAUUUCCAAACCUGCCUUUGAAAAGCCAUUGAGGUGAACGCCUGUCUUCAUGGCCCAUUCUUGAUUUACAAUCGUAGUAAUGACUUUAUGUUCUCAGCACCUGGCAGGAUUGAGCCUUGCACCUAGCUGUCCAGAACUGACACAGUAUUUUUUUUUGUCUUUGGGUUAUGGGGGGAAGGAGGGAGGGGGAAGGAAAGUAACAAACUGACCCUGAACUGACGUGCCUCUAAAUGAAGGACAAAAGUAUUAAAAACAAAGCACCAACCUUGAUUCUUCCCUCCCUUCUCGGUCCAGCAUUGUAUAUACACUGCCUAUAGAAGGUGUAACUAUGCAGUAAUACAGUAUUGCUUUAGCUCUGGGGCAGCUGCUUCUCUGACCGGCACAAUGCCGAUUAGCGAUGCCUCCCGAGAUUAACAGUGUCUAUAGAAGGCAUUGAGGGUAGCUGUUUCAAACAAGCCCUCCUGUUUACAGAGCCGCUCUGCACUCAAGCACCUGUUAAUAUGACUUCUUUUAACAACUGCUUUUUUUUCUCCCCCGCAAGAGAACUGUGACUAAUAGCCGGCACUUGUCAAGCGAUACAAUAGCAGCCUCUGUCGAGAAGGUUGCCCAUUGACAGGUGUGUGCCAAAAGAGCUAUUUAUGGCUAUUGACAGGUGCCUUCUGAAUGCAUCUUUCUUUUUUGUACAUUGUUUCCUCCUCCUCAUCGACAACAACAACAACAAAAAAGGGUAUGUUUACAUUUCAAAGGUACACUGGUAUUUAUAUAUAUUUUUGUGCCACAAUUUUAUACUGAUUAAAAACUUUUUAUAUAUAAUUAUAUACAAUUUAUUGAUAUUCAAUAAAGUGGUUAAUUUAUAA